AAGAAAAACAAGAGGUUUUUUUUUCCCCCUUGGAUCAUGGCUCAGUUUGGAGGACAGAAGAAUCCGCCAUGGGCUACUCAGUUUACAGCCACCGCGGUGUCACAGCCAGCUGCAUUGGGUGUUCAGCAGCCCUCACUCCUUGGAGCAUCUCCUACCAUUUAUACACAGCAAACUGCGUUGGCAGCAGCAGGCCUUACCACACAAACUCCAGCCAACUACCAACUAACUCAGACUGCGGCGUUGCAGCAACAAGCCGCGGCCGCAGCAGCUGCAUUGCAACAGCAAUAUUCACAACCUCAACAGGCCUUGUAUAGUGUGCAACAGCAGUUACAGCAACCCCAGCAGACCCUAUUAACACAGCCAGCUGUUGCAUUGCCUACAAGCCUUAGCCUGUCUACUCCUCAGCCUGCAGCACAGAUAACUGUAUCAUACCCAACACCACGGUCAAGUCAGCAACAAACCCAACCUCAGAAACAACGUGUUUUCACAGGAGUGGUUACAAAGCUACAUGAUACAUUUGGAUUUGUGGAUGAGGAUGUAUUCUUUCAGCUUAGUGCUGUCAAAGGGAAAACCCCCCAAGUGGGUGACAGAGUUUUGGUUGAAGCUACUUAUAAUCCUAACAUGCCUUUUAAAUGGAAUGCACAAAGAAUUCAGACGCUACCAAAUCAGAAUCAAUCUCAAACCCAGCCUUUACUGAAGACUCCCCCUGCUGUCCUUCAGCCAAUUGCACCGCAGACUACAUUUGGUGUUCAACCUCAGCCCCAGCCCCAGUCACUGCUGCAGGCACAGAUUUCAGCAGCUUCUAUUACACCACUCCUGCAGACUCAGCCGCAGCCUUUAUUACAGCAGCCACAGCAGAAAGCUGGUUUAUUGCAGCCCCCUGUCCGUAUAGUUUCACAGCCACAACCAGCACGAAGGUUAGAUCCACCGUCCAGAUUUUCAGGAAGAAAUGACAGAGGGGAUCAAGUACCUAACAGAAAAGAGGACCGGAGUCGUGAAAGGGAGAGAGAAAGACGGAGAUCCAGAGAAAGAUCGCCUCAGAGAAAACGUUCCCGGGAGAGAUCUCCCCGAAGAGAGAGAGAGAGAUCACCUCGGAGGGUUCGACGUGUUGUUCCACGUUACACAGUUCAGUUUUCAAAGUUCUCUUUAGAUUGUCCUAGUUGUGACAUGAUGGAACUAAGGCGCCGUUAUCAAAAUUUAUAUAUACCUAGUGACUUUUUCGAUGCUCAGUUUACAUGGGUGGAUGCUUUUCCUUUGUCAAGACCAUUUCAGCUGGGAAAUUACUGCAAUUUCUAUGUAAUGCACAGAGAAGUAGAAUCUUUGGAAAAAAAUACGGCCAUUCUUGAUCCACCAGAUGCAGACCACUUAUACAGUGCAAAGGUAAUGCUGAUGGCUAGUCCUAGUAUGGAAGAUUUGUAUCAUAAGUCAUGUGCUCUUGCUGAAGACCCACAAGAACUCCGAGAUGGAUUUCAACAUCCUGCUAGACUUGUUAAGUUUUUAGUGGGCAUGAAAGGCAAGGAUGAAGCUAUGGCCAUUGGAGGCCACUGGUCUCCUUCGUUGGAUGGACCAGACCCAGAAAAAGACCCUUCUGUGUUGAUUAAGACUGCUAUUCGUUGUUGUAAGGCUCUGACAGGCAUUGAUCUAAGUGUGUGCACACAAUGGUACCGUUUUGCAGAGAUUCGCUACCAUCGCCCUGAGGAGACCCACAAGGGGCGUACAGUUCCAGCUCAUGUGGAGACAGUGGUUUUAUUUUUCCCGGAUGUUUGGCAUUGCCUUCCCACCCGCUCAGAGUGGGAAACCCUCUCCCGAGGAUACAAGCAGCAGCUGGUCGAGAAGCUUCAGGGUGAACGCAAGGAGGCUGAUGGAGAACAGGAUGAAGAAGAGAAGGAUGAUGGUGAAGCUAAAGAAAUUUCCACGCCCACCCAUUGGUCUAAACUUGAUCCUAAGACAAUGAAGGUAAACGAUCUCCGAAAAGAAUUAGAAAGUCGAACUCUUAGUUCAAAAGGAUUAAAAUCUCAGUUAAUAGCCCGAUUGACAAAACAGCUUAAAGUAGAAGAACAAAAAGAAGAACAAAAGGAAUUAGAGAAAUCUGAAAAAGAAGAGGAAGAAGAGGAUGAUAGGAAAUCUGAAGAUGAUAAAGAGGAAGAAGAAAGAAAGCGUCAAGAGGAAAUGGAACGCCAGCGUCGAGAGAGAAGAUAUAUUUUGCCUGACGAACCAGCCAUCAUUGUACAUCCUAAUUGGGCCGCCAAAAGUGGCAAGUUUGAUUGUAGCAUCAUGUCUUUGAGUGUACUUUUGGACUACAGAUUAGAGGAUAAUAAAGAACAUUCAUUUGAGGUUUCAUUGUUUGCAGAACUUUUCAAUGAAAUGCUUCAAAGAGAUUUUGGUGUCAGAAUAUACAAAUCAUUAGUAUCUCUUCCUGAAAAAGAGGACAAAAAAGAAAAGGAUAAGAAGAGCAAAAAAGAAGAAAGAAAAGAUAAGAAAGAAGAAAGAGAUGAUGAAACUGAUGAGCCAAAACCAAAACGGAGAAAAUCAGGCGAUGAUAAGGAUAAGAAAGACGACAGAGAUGAAAGGAAGAAAGAAGAUAAAAGAAAAGAUGAUUCUAAAGACGAUGAUGAAACUGAAGAAGAUAACAAUCAAGAUGAAUAUGAUCCAAUGGAAGCAGAAGAAGCCGAGGACGAAGAAGAUGGUAUGAGCAUUCAAAGUGACUUCUGUUUAGGACUAAAUCGGGAUGAGGAAGAAAUGAACAAGCGAGAUGACAAGAGAGAUUCCAACAGAUACUGCAAGGAGAGACCCUCUAAAGAUAAGGAAAAAGAAAAGACUCAGAUGAUCACAAUUAACAGGGAUCUCUUGAUGGCUUUUGUUUAUUUUGAUCAAAGCCAUUGCGGUUACCUGCUUGAAAAGGAUUUGGAAGAAAUACUUUAUACUCUUGGACUGCAUCUUUCUCGGGCUCAGGUAAAGAAGCUUCUUAAUAAAGUAGUGCUCCGUGAAUCUUGCUUUUACCGGAAAUUAACAGACACCUCGAAAGAUGAAGAAAACCAUGAGGAGUCUGAAGCAUUGCAAGAAGAUAUGCUAGGAAAUAGGUUGUUACUUCCAACACCAACAGUAAAACAGGAAUCAAAGGAUGUGGAAGAAAAUGUUGGCCUCAUUGUUUACAAUGGUGCCAUGGUGGAUGUAGGAAGCCUCCUGCAAAAAUUAGAAAAGAGUGAAAAAGUAAGAGCCGAAGUAGAACAGAAGCUGCAGUUACUAGAAGAAAAAACAGAUGAAGAUGAAAAAACCAUAUUAAACUUGGAGAAUUCCAACAAAAGUCUUACUGGUGAACUCAGAGAAGUUAAAAAGGACCUUAGUCAGUUACAAGAAAAUUUAAAGAUUUCAGAAAACAUGAAUUUGCAAUUUGAAAACCAACUGAAUAAGACAAUCAGAAACUUAUCCACUGUAAUGGAUGAAAUCCACACCGUUCUCAAGAAGGAUAAUGUGAAGAACGAAGAUAAAGAUCAGAAAUCAAAAGAGAAUGGUGCAAGCGUAUGAUAAAAUAUGUGCAUUGAUGAGGAAUUGUGUUUAAAUAUGUAAUAUAUAAAAUCAUGAUACAACGGUGUUUGAAAGUGAUGCAUGUUUGAUUUUAGUGGUAUAAAUAUCUGUUAGUUCAAAAGAUGUAUAAAGUUUUAUGAAUGUGAGAGUCUCUGCUUUUCAAAAUUGCCUGUAAUUCCUAGCAUUCAAAUUAUUAAACACUCCUUGAGUGAAAUAAUUUUGCAUUGCAAAAUGUUUUAGGAUGAACUUUGUUAUAGUUUUAACCCCAAUAAAGUUCAUCGGUUUAAUUCACA